CUGCAAAGCUGUAUGUUUUAAAGAAAAUGUUCAAGUUCAUUGUCCCAAGAAGCAAAGAAGAUAGCAAAGGUAUCUUGGUAAUGAGCUACUUUAUGUGGUAGUUGAAGAAUCAGUCGACGAAUACUGCAGACAUUGUGCAACAAAUGAAGCAAGAACAUGGUGACUAUGAGAUGCAAAGAAUGAUAGAUGGCGAUUUGGAGAGAACAUCAUUAAAACCAUUAAUAGACACGGAAAUCAAGAAGUCAGACAGAGGCGCCAAAUAUGGCAUUCUUUUGCCAACUGAAAGAGACGAGGAUGAAAAGGAUGCUUGCUUUGUUAAGCCUUGAAAAUAAAAAAUAAUUUGGACAUAUUGGUUGUUUGUUU